AGGAGGGAGAACCCCGUGCAACGUUGGGACUUGGCAGCCCGCCUCCCCCUGCCCAAGGAUAUUUAAUUUGCCUCGUGAAUCGCUACUUCCAGAGAGGAACUCAGGAGGGAAGGCGUGCGCGCCUGCAGGGGCACCACAGGGACCCGCUGGCCGCCGCUGCCUUCCUGCGCGGGACUUAAGCUGAGGCGGCUAGAGAUGCAUCUUAGCUCCUUCCUGGCUGCAGUGGUUGAGGGGACACUUGGCUUUCGGGAAGAUCGUGGCCGCAUUCACCCUGGACGCAUUGCCUCCCCUCUGGGCAUAAAACGCCCAUAAACUCCAGUCGGCUCUCUUCCUUGGCGCAGCCACUGCAGGGGACGGCGUGGAUUUAGGAGUCGGGGUUUCUUCAGCCUUCAGCCUUGUUUGCAUGUGCGGGGCCGCGGUGAGGAGCCUCCGCCCCCCAACUAGUUGUUUUUCGGCGCCUCCUUUUGCUCAGCGGCUUUGGCGGUGGCGGUGGCGGCAGCAUGGCGAGUCCUCCAGAUACCGAAGGUUUCUCGGACGUGCGCAAGGUGGGCUACCUGCGCAAGCCCAAGAGCAUGCACAAGCGCUUCUUCGUGCUGCGGGCGGCCAGCGAGGCCGGGGGCCCUGCGCGCUUGGAGUACUACGAGAACGAGAAGAAGUGGAGGCACAAGUCGAGCGCCCCCAAACGCUCGAUCCCCCUCGAGAGCUGCUUCAACAUCAACAAACGUGCUGACUCCAAGAACAAGCACCUGGUGGCUCUCUAUACCCGGGACGAGCACUUUGCCAUUGCUGCGGACAGUGAGGCUGAGCAAGACAGCUGGUACCAGGCUCUCCUGCAGCUGCACAACCGUGCCAAAAGCCACCACCACGAAGGGGCCUCAGCCCCUGGAGCAGGAGGCAGUGGUAGCUGCAGUGGCAGCUUGGGCCUCGGCGAGGCUGGAGAGGACUUGAGCUAUGGAGAUGGGCCAGGACCUGCGUUUAAGGAGGUCUGGCAGGUGAUCUUGAAGCCCAAGGGCCUGGGUCAGACAAAGAACCUCAUUGGUAUCUACCGCCUCUGCCUGACCAGCAAGACCAUUAGCUUUGUGAAGCUGAACUCAGAGGCAGCGGCUGUGGUGCUACAGCUAAUGAACAUCAGACGCUGCGGCCACUCUGAAAACUUCUUUUUCAUUGAGGUGGGCCGUUCUGCUGUGACAGGGCCUGGGGAGUUCUGGAUGCAGGUGGAUGACUCGGUGGUGGCCCAGAACAUGCAUGAGACUAUCUUGGAGGCCAUGCGGGCCAUGAGUGAUGAGUUUCGCCCUCGAAGCAAGAGCCAGUCCUCAUCCAACUGCUCCAACCCCAUCAGUGUCCCCUUGCGCAGGCACCAUCUCAACAACCCCCCGCCCAGCCAGGUGGGGUUGACCCGCAGAUCACGCACUGAAAGCAUCACUGCCACCUCCCCUGCCAGUAUGGUAGGUGGGAAGCCAGGAUCCUUCCGUGUGCGCGCCUCCAGCGAUGGUGAAGGCACCAUGUCCCGCCCAGCCUCUGUGGAUGGCAGCCCUGUGAGUCCUAGCACCAACAGAACCCACGCCCACCGGCAUCGGGGCAGCUCCCGGCUGCACCCGCCUCUCAACCACAGUCGCUCCAUCCCCAUGCCUUCUUCUCGCUGCUCGCCUUCGGCAACCAGCCCAGUUAGUCUAUCGUCCAGCAGCACCAGUGGCCAUGGUUCCACUUCGGACUGUCUGUUUCCAAGGCGGUCUAGUGCUUCCGUGUCUGGUUCCCCCAGUGAUGGCGGUUUCAUCUCUUCAGAUGAGUAUGGCUCUAGCCCCUGCGACUUCCGAAGUUCCUUCCGCAGUGUCACUCCAGAUUCCUUGGGCCACACCCCACCAGCCCGAGGCGAGGAGGAGCUGAGCAAUUAUAUAUGCAUGGGUGGAAAGGGGGCCUCCACUCUAACAGCUCCCAAUGGUCAUUACAUUUUGUCCCGAGGUGGUAAUGGCCACCGGUACAUCCCAGGAGCUGGCUUGGGCACCAGCCCAGCGUUGUUGACCGGGGAUGAAGCUGCCAGUGCUGCUGAUCUGGAUAAUAGGUUCCGGAAGAGAACCCACUCUGCAGGGACAUCCCCUACCAUUUCCCACCAGAAGACCCCAUCCCAGUCCUCAGUGGCUUCCAUUGAGGAGUAUACAGAGAUGAUGCCUGCCUAUCCGCCAGGAGGUGGCAGUGGAGGCCGACUGCCUGGCUACAGGCACUCUGCCUUCGUGCCCACCCAUUCCUACCCUGAGGAGGGUCUAGAGAUGCAUGCCUUGGAGCACCGCAGCAGCCACCAUCGCCCAGAUAGUUCCACCCUCCACACUGAUGAUGGAUACAUGCCCAUGUCCCCAGGAGUGGCCCCAGUGCCCAAUAGCCGGAAGGGCAGUGGGGAUUAUAUGCCCAUGAGCCCCAAGAGCGUGUCUGCCCCGCAGCAGAUCAUCAACCCCAUCAGACGUCAUCCCCAGAGAGUGGACCCCAAUGGCUACAUGAUGAUGUCCCCCAGUGGCAGCUGCUCCCCUGACAUUGGAGGUGGGUCCAGCAGCAGCAGCAGCAUCAGUGCCGCCCCUUCUGGCAGUAGCUAUGGGAAGCUAUGGACAAAUGGGGUCAGUGGGCACCACUCUCAUGCCCUGUCUCACCCCAAGCCCCCUGUGGAGAGUGGGGGUGGCAAGCUCUUGCCUUGUACAGGUGACUACAUGAACAUGUCACCAGUGGGGGACUCCAACACCAGCAGCCCCUCUGACUGCUACUAUGGCCCUGAGGAUCCCCAGCACAAGCCAGUCCUUUCCUACUAUUCAUUGCCAAGGUCUUUUAAGCACACCCAGCGCCCUGGGGAGCCAGAGGAGGGUGCCCGGCACCAGCAUCUCCGCCUCUCCUCUAGCUCUGGUCGCCUUCUCUACACUGCAACUGCAGAAGAUUCUUCUUCCUCCACCAGCAGCGACAGCCUGGGUGGGGGUUACUGUGGGGCUAGGCCAGAGCCUGGCCUCCCACAUCCCCACCAUCAUGUCUUGCAGCCCCAUUUGCCUCGAAAAGUGGACACAGCUGCUCAGACCAACAGCCGCCUGGCCCGGCCCACAAGGCUAUCUUUGGGGGAUCCCAAGGCCAGCACCUUGCCUCGGGCUCGAGAACAGCAACAGCAGCAGCCCCUACUGCACCCUCCGGAGCCCAAAAGCCCAGGGGAAUAUGUGAAUAUUGAAUUUGGGAAUGACCAGCCUGGCUACUUAUCUGGCCCUAUGACUUCCCGCAGCUCACCUUCUGUUCGGUGUCCAUCCCAGCUCCAGCCAGCUCCCAGAGAGGACGAGACUGGCACUGAGGAGUACAUGAACAUGGACUUGGGGCCAGGCCGGAGGGCAACCUGGCAGGAGAGCAGUGGGGGGGAGAUGGGCAGAGUGGGCCCUGCACCUCCAGGGACUACUAGCAUUUGCAGGCCUACCCGGGCAGUGCCCAGCAGCCGGGGUGACUACAUGACCAUGCAGAUGGGUUGUCCCCGUCAGAGCUACGUGGACACCUCACCAGUUGCCCCUGUCAGCUACGCUGACAUGCGGACAGGCAUUGCUGCAGAGGAGGUGAAACUGCCCAGGGCCUCAGCGGCUGCUCCUCCUUCAGCCUCCAAAGCCUCUUCUUCCCCUGCUGCACCUCAAGGAGCAACUGAGCUUCCUGCCCACUCUUCCCUUUUGGGGGGCCCACAGGGACCUGGGGGCAUUAGCGCCUUCACCCGGGUAAACCUCAGUCCCAACCGCAACCAGAGUGCCAAAGUGAUCCGUGCAGAUCCACAAGGGUGCCGGAGGAGGCAUAGCUCAGAGACCUUCUCCUCAACACCUACUGCUUCCCGGGGGGCCAACACGGUGCCCUUUGGAGGAGGGGCUGCAGUAGAGGGCAGUGGCGGUGGUGGCAGCAACAGCAGUGAGGAUGUCAAACGCCACAGCUCUGCUUCCUUUGAGAAUGUCUGGCUGAGACCUGGGGAGCUCGGCGGAGCCCCCAAGGAGGUGGCCCAAGGGUGUGGAGCUGCUGGGGGUUUGGAGAAUGGUCUUAACUACAUAGACCUGGAUUUGGUCAAGGACUUCAAACAGCGCCCUCAGGAGCGCCCCCCUCAACCACAGCCUCCCCCACCUCCACCCCCUCAUCAGCCCCUGGGCAGUAGUGAGAGCAGCUCUACCAGCCGCUCCAGCGAGGAUUUAAGCACCUAUGCCAGCAUCAGUUUCCAGAAGCAGCCAGAGGACCGCCAGUAGCUCAACUGGAUGUCACAGCAGAAUGAAGACCUAAACGACCUCAGCAAAUCUUCCUCUAACUCAUGGGUACCCAGACUCUAACUCUUUCAUGAUUCACAAUCAGGACCUCACAUCUUCCGCCUCUGUAGAUGGUACGAUGCAUCCAUUUCAGUUUGUUUACUUUAUACAAUCCUCAGGAGUUCGUUGACUGAACUGCACGUUCUAUAUUGUGCCAAGCAAAAAAGCACUGUGACACCAGAAGAAUAGUCUGCGUGAACUUCAUCUUGAACCUUAAGGACUUAGCUGGCCACAAUGAGCUGAUGUGCCCACUACCAGGCUUCGAGAGAAUGGGUUUCCUCUCAUUUACAAGAUUCGUUUCAUCUGCUGCUGAAACUGUGUUUGACAAAAUGUCAUUGUAAAUUAUUUCAUUCAAAACUGUUCACAUUGGGUGGAGAGAGUAUUAAAUAUUUAACAUAGGUUUUGAUUUAUAUGUGUAAUUUUUUUAAUGAAAAUGUAACUUUUCUUACAGCACAUCUUUUUUUUUUGGAUGUGGAACUGAGGUAUACAAUGUUCUGUUGUAAAGAGUGGAGCAAAUGCUUAAAACAAGGCUAACAAGAGUAGAAUAGUGUAUGAUCCUUGUUUUAAGAUUGUAAUUCAGAAAAAUAAUAUAAUAAGAAUCAUAGUGCCAUAGAUGAUUCUCAAUUGUAUAGUUAUAUUUGCUGAUACUAUCUCUUGUAAUAUAAACUUGAUGUUGAGCUGAGUUCCUUAAAAGAAUUAAUCUUAAUUUUGUAUUUUUCCUGUAAGACAGUAGACCAUGUUAAUUAAACUGAAGAACAAUAUAUACUACUUGGGUAUUUUCAAGUGUCAGCUUAAAAUUGAUGAUUGAAUGGAAGCAAAAUUAUAAGAAAAGGAAAUCAAAGUCUUCCAUUGUAUAUAUUGUAAAGAGAAGGAGACCUGGGUGAUCCUUUCAAAUCAAAAGCUCUCUUUGGAAUGAACAAUGUGGGUGUUUGUAAAUUCUGGAAAUGUCUUUCUCUUCAUAAUAAACUAGAAUCUGUUAAUCUUUUCUUCUCUCCCCCUCCCCCAGUCCACUUCUGGAAGCUUCCUGCUCCAUUCCCACCAUUUUUUUUUCCUGUGCACAUGUUAUAAUAUUUCAUUUCCUGUGUUGUAUUGAGUAUACUUAGACAAAUGAGUGCUUGCUAACCAGAAAUUAAAAUUCCAGAGUGGAUUUUUUUUUUUUUUUUAAUCAUGACCAGGGCUACAUGUCAGUUUCCUUAAGACCCUGAGUUCACAUGUUCUGAGAACUUCCGGUUUUACAUUAUUUAACCGAAUGUAACUGGCCCAUUUGCCCUGGUAGGUGCUGGCCUAGUAGUGAUUAGUUUAAUAAAAAAAAAACAAAAAACAAAACAAAAAAAAAAACACAAAAAACAAAAACAAAAAACAGUGCACAGAGAGCACAUAAAAACAUAAUGACCUGCUAUGGGAACAUCUAGCCUGCAGUGAGAAUUUUUAAUCCUUUUCUUGUUUAGAAAGUAUACACAUCUUGGGAUUUUUCCUUGUGAAACACAAAUGGCAAUGAGCACAUUUAAAGAUAUUGCCUACAGAAGUUUUGAAUCUUUUUGCCAGGAAACUUCCAAAAGUUAAGCGAAUUCAUGCAAAUAUCAGGCUCCCUCUGAGCCAGUGUGAAGUCUGUAUCAGUUGUUGCCAGCCCUGCUGUUGGGAGGAGCAACAGUUUAUUUCUGGGAAGGGUUGAUCCUCCUGGGUGGAGCUACAAGGAAGGGCCAGGGUUGUAGGGCCUUGCAGUGGCUGCUGCUCUGAUCAGCUGGUUGGGGAGCUCUGCUCUACUUAAAAGGGAGUGGAGAUAAAUGGCACCCCCACACUGCUGAGGCCCGUGUUACUGUUCAUUCAGCCAGAUGGCAUGUAUCUCACAGACUAUUGUACAAUGUUCAUCGUUGCAGAUUUUAAUCAUUUGCAUGCUCAUCAAUUUCUAAGAUAAAUAGGCCUAUAGUCAUAAGAAUCCAUUGUUUUCAAGGAACUUGCUGAAUUACAUCAUUUCCUAUUCAUAGAGAACACCACCAACUUUGAAAAUCUCAUAGGAAAGUUAUUUUUUACUCCUUUGUAAAAAAAAAAAAAAAGAAAGAAAAGACUUUCUCAGUCAAACUAACUUUUCAUUUUUGACUCUUCUGAUUCGUACUCUUGCUAGUGUAAGAAGAAAGCUAGCUAUCCUGCUCUCUUCCGUUGAGCACUUAAGUAGUAAAAGAGAAAUCAAUGAACAAAGCUGCCUCAACUAUUUUUCCUGCUAAGCUGGUUAUUAUUUCUCAAGGAAUCCAGACUUUAAAUAUGUAUUACCAAGAUACCUCUGCAUGUGGAAUUAUCAACAUAUUUUGGGUGAGAACAGAAAUGAACAGACUGGAAAGUGCAUCUCUUAGUUUCUGUGGCUGACUUUUUGUUGAUUCAAAUAAAGGUAGAAAUUCUUAUUUAAGCUGCUUCCAGAGGUGCCUGAGCUGGGUUUGAUGGCAGUAUCAAACUUUACUGACUUAAAACUGGAAGUUGCUGGUACUCAAGCCAACAGCUCAUGCUCUGGCUAACUCAAAGGGUUUUGCUUUGAGCACAUCAGCUGCUAAGUCCUUGUGUUUGGUUCCUAUUUAAGAGAGUUGGCUUUUAUCCAUUUCAAAGUAUUUGUAGGCCAGCCAAGGGCUUACGUUAAUGGGGCUUCUAGUGGCCUCUGGUUAACCUAGAAGUUAGUGGCUUUUUCUUCAUGAGAACAACCUUUCACAGCGUUCUUUCUUAGAAACAGGCAGAGUUAUAAAAUUCUCCUUUGUGAAAGGAACAAAUGUUUUGUAGCUUUGAUAUCUUCAUUCUGGGCAAAAGCAUGUCCCUAGAACCAGUUAGAAGUAAGGGGAAUCCAUUAAUGAUCAACCACCUGAGUCAAUAAUGACAAAUCAGUUCUGAUGUUACAUGUGUGGCUAUUUCUUGCUAACUCUCAAAGGUCAGGGACUCUCUUGACUAAUCUAGUGAUGCAAAAAUGGAUUUACUCAGAAUCAAAUGGUCAGAAAGUAGAGAUUUUUAACCUUUCUUUCCCUGGCUUUUGUCUUUUAGGUAUCUUUUAAAUGGGAGACAGAGUAUUAAGAAACAGUUUUGUACUGUAAGAAACAGUGCUUUACAGUACUGAAGCCCUGUUUUAUGCAGUCUUGCAUCCUGAAUGCGAUAUGCCAUGUAGCUGAAAACUUCAAUUUUAUUUACUAUAGGUGGUUUAAAGGUGGGGAAGAAGGCUCACCACCCAUUGACGCCAAGAGCCACAAAAUUCAGUAGAGAGAAGCACUGUGGCUGAUCCCAUAUUCAGUCUCUCAUUGGCUUUGUGGAGCUCUACAGGUCAGUCCAUCAUACAAGGAGGCCCUGAAACCAGACACUGAGAAUUAAAGCCCUGAUAGGGAAGAGAAGGAUCCUUUGGGAGGCAUGCAAAAGAGAAUGGGUGGAAAUCAAAUAUGAAAUCACUUCUUUGUAGUGAUUUGAGGGAGGGAUAGUGUUCCCAGCACUUGGUGAAUGUUAGUUGGAGGUGAUGCUAGAUUCAUGUAUAUAGGCUACUGAGAAACCUGAAGGAAGAAGCAUGCUCUUCCAGGGAUGUGAGGAAUAUCACCUUGCCAAGGCUAAGGAAAAGAGCUCCAUCCAGACGGUAGAUUUAAUUAUGAGGAGCAAUGACAGCCUUGUUAGUAGAAUGUCCAGGGUUAAAGAGGGUCUUUGGUCAUUUCUAAAGUCAAGCCUGGGAAGAUCUUCAAGGUCUUGCCAUAGCUCUGUAAACCAGACCCCUAGGUGUGGCUGCAGAACGUGUGGGUCUGGUGUGUGUUGGCUAUUUCUCACUGCUUGUAACCAGAGCAUCAAAUUUGAUGCUGCAAGGUUGAAUGAUAUUGGGAGUGUUUGGCCCUACUCUUAAGAGAUCUAUCAUUAAUAAACAGCUUAUAAUUAGCUAGUAUGAUUAGAAAAUGUAUGACUUAGAUGACAAGUUGUCUUCCUUUCCUAGCUUGUUGAUGACUUGGCAUUUGUGAUGUAUACACAAAGAGAUCCGGUGUGUUAGCCUUUCACCAUUCACCUGGCAUUUAAAUCUCUCUUUGCUCAUGCUGUUCAUUUACCAGUGUUACCCAAUAUGCCAUGUGCUAGGACAAAUUCACUACACAGGAAAAUGUCUAGAUUUGUGUAGACAUCUUUAGUGCUGAUUUUUUUUUCCUUUUUUGCCAUUGGCCUAAGAAUGUAGUUCCCAGAACAAUUUUUUCUUGCAAAAUAAUUUUCCUUACACCUCUUGGCUACAGGGUGGGCCAAAUCAACUACAUAUAUAUUUUCACUUACUGUGUGUGCAGUUUGGUUUAUCAUCCUAAGAUGGUGGUGCUGCUCCUGGUGCUACUUCAUCUGUGUACAAGAGACCAACACAUGGUCUGUAUUGCUACCAAAACAUUUAUUGUAUAUAUGUGUAUAACAUACGUAUUAUGUAUAUAUGUCAUGGGUACCAGGCCAGGUUUAUAUUUUUUAUUUAGAAGUGUUUCACUUUUCCAAGUUUUCUUUAUAGUGUUAUGUUUAUUUUCAAUUUUUUUCCCCCUUGAUUCUGUCUGGUACUUAGAACUGUAGUGUCUUCAUCGUUAAUUAAAGAAAACUGUCUAAAUGAA